UAUUUGUGACUCAGCUGAAAAUUUAACCCACAGAAAAAUUAUCCACACUUGUCCCCCAGCCCUAGGUGGGAGUAACGCAACACUGUGAAAUUGAAUAAGAACAGAAGAAGACAAAAACGUGACAAAGGAGGAAAUAGAUGAUAAUUCUUCCCGCCUAAAGUUGGACACACAGACGGAUAAGCAGAUGACCACAUUCCACUCAAGACUUAAGUGAUAGCAUCCUAGAACACUGCGGCUUCACCUUCUGGACAUUCCACACUCUAAAUCCUCACUCAGAUGAAAUGGCCUCUAUAUCAUAUGAAGAGCUGUGCUGCGCAAUCUGCCACGGCAUCUAUGAAAACCCAGUUCUCCUGUCAUGUAGCCAUAGCUUCUGUAAGGCCUGUCUGCAGAGCUGGUGGUCUGUGAAACAAAUAAAGGAGUGUCCUCUUUGUAAGAAAGCAUCUUUACAGAAUGAUCCACCAUGUAACCUGGCCUUAAAGAACCUAUGUGAAGCUUUUUUAGAGAAGAAAGCUCAGAAAGCCUCAGAGCCUCUUUGCAGUCUCCACUCUGAAAAACUCAAACUCUUCUGCCUGGACCAUCAGCAGCCAGUGUGUGUCGUCUGUCGAGACUCAAAAAUACACAACAACCACAAAUUCAAACCCAUCGAUGAAGCUGCUCAAGAUCACAGAGAGCUGCUGAAGAAAUCCCUGAAACCCUUGAGGAAGAAACUGAAGCUCUUUGAAGAAACUGGAGAAAGUUUUUUACAAACAGCAGAACACAUGGUGUUGCAAGUUGGAGACACAGAGAAGCAGAUUAAAGAGCAGUUCAAGACAUUUCACCAGUUUCUACAAAAGGAGGAGAAGGCCAGGAUCAGGGCUCUGAGGGAGGAAGAGAGGCAGAAGAGUCAGUGGAUAUGGGAGAAGACGAGGGAUCUGAGCGGAAAGAAAGCAGCUCUGUCAGAAACAAUCCGAGCCACAGAGAAGGAGUUGAGAGCUGAAGAUGUCUCCUUCCUGCUGAAAUACCAGACCACAGUGGUAAGAGUGCAACAGCACCCCCUGCUGGAGGAGGAACCUCUGAGCACAGGACCUCUGAUAGACAAGGCCAAACAUCUGCGCAACCUGGGAUUCAACAUAUGGAGCAAAAUGAAGGGGAUGGUUUCUUACACUCAGGGGCGUGGCCAGGGGGGGGCUUGUCCCUGGGGGUGCACCUCUGCUACCCGCCCCCCACCCCCUGGCCGAGAACCAGAGACAUCCCACCCCCCACCCCCACCCCCUGCCCGACGAUCACGGCCGACCCUUCCACCCCCUGCCCGACGAUCACGGCUGACCCCCCCACCCCCACCCCCUGGCCGAUGUUCACAGACGCCCACCCCCACCCGCCGACCGACAAUCGCAGACGCCCACCCUGGUCAACAAUCGUGGAUCACCCCCCCUGGCCAACAAUUGUGGAUCACCCCCCCAGACCAACAAUCGUGGAUCGCAGGUUCUUAAUUAUGUUCUUCUUUAUGAAAAUAUGUAUAAAAUGCAAGUGAAAACAGAUUAGAGGUAACUGCUGUCUGCUGUCUUUCAAAGUUACAGAGGUUUGUAGGGAUAUUUCAAUAUAAUAGACGAACAUGUUAUCCAUUAUUGUUAUACAUUUUAUAGUUAUAAAGAAGGCAAAAGGAAAAUCAAAUGCUUUCAAUUUUACCUUGAAAGGUCUUUGAGGUGAAUCUGUGAUGUGUGAGAUUGUUCUUUAUGAAUAACAUUUUAAAUCUUAUGUCUUUUCAUUUCAUGUGUGGAUUUUGAAAUAAGAAAUAAAUCAC